AGGGCGUGUUUGGCACAGCUCUAAGCAGCUCCAGAUCCUAAAAAAACAGCUCCACUCCAAAUUUUUCUAGCCAAACGCCUCAGCUCCACGAACUCCAGAUCCGUAAAAAAUAUGAAUCUAGCUCCCAACUCCACCAAUUCCAGGGAGCACCUCAAGGGGUGCUCUACAAACUCUAAUUUUGUGGAGUUGGUGGAAAUUACCCACCUUUGCCAUCCAUUACACAUACCCCUUCGCCUUCUUCUUUUUUCCGUCGUCUCCCAGCCGCGGCGCCUCCUCUUCCCGCGACGCCUCCUUUUCCGCCUCCUCUUCCGAUCUCCUUCCCUGGGCGCCGGCGCCGCCGAUCAUCACGGCAUCCGGGUGGCCGGAGAUCCGCCGGGAUGUCGAACUCGGUUCCUCCUCCACCGCCUCCUCCGUUUUCCUCCUCCAAUCAACCCAGAAGAAACCCUAGGGUAGGCCUUCGUCCUCCAUCUGCAGGCGGCGGCGUGGCUGGCCAUGACGUCCUUGGGGCGGCCGACGUUGGGGGCGUGGGCGCGGCUGGCAGUGUGCAGGGCGUGGGUGCGGCCGGCCUUCAUGGCCCGGGCAUGGCCGGUGGCCACAAGGGCCUGGGCGCGGACGGCCUUCAUGGCCUGGGCGUGGACGCCAGCCAGCAGGGUCUGGGCGCGGCCGGCGGGCAGCACGGCCCGGGCGACAUGGCGGGAACUGGUGCGGCAUCGGCAUCCGGUGGUAGCAGACGUGGCAACAAAAAAUCAAGGGAUGAUGAGGGUGAUCAAAUGGCUUGGAAUGAUGAGCAUACCGCACUUGUUUGCAAGUUGUUCGCUGAACAAGUUAGAAAAGGAAAUAGGCCAAACACUCAUUUGAAUAAUGUGGGCUAUACCGAGGUGAAUGAAAGGUUUUUUCAGUGUACCGGUAUUAUGUUGAAAAAAUCUCAACAUAAGAACAAAUGGGACAAGUUGAAGGCUGAUUUAGGUGCUUGGAGAAAAUUGAUGAGGAAACAAACCGGAACCGGUUGGAAUUGGGACAAGGGAACUAUCAACAUGGAUGCCGAGUGGUGGAAAAAAAACAAAAAAUGUGAGCACUUCUCAUGCAUCUAAUAUUUUUCUUUAUUUCUAUAAUUUGAAUACAAUACAAUUGCUUACUGUAGUUUAAUUAUUUAGGACAUACCUGGCGUCGGGAAAUUUAAGAAUAGGCCUCUCCAAAAUGAAGAUGAGAUGAAUGUAAUGUUUGGGAGCAUCAUAAAUGAAGAGAUAGAUCAUUGGAAUCCUAUGUCUUCCAACCCGAUCAUACCCCCUAGUGGAGAUGCCCCCCCCCUCAUAUUGGCUUGGACGACAAUGAUGAAGAAAAUGAUAUGGGUGCUAAUAUUGACUCCGACAAUGGUGAUGAGGUUUUGGAAGUAUCUCCUACACCUGGCAAUGCUAAGAGAAAGGCUCAUAUUAUUCUUGAAAAACCUAACAAGAAACCCAAGUCUACCACUGCACUUGUUAUACAAGAACAUAUUUCCAAGAUGUCAGAGAGUGCUCAGUCUUUGGUGUCUUCUAGGCAAGCAGGGAUCACCAUUGAACAAGUCAUGGAACAUGUCAUUGCAUGUGGGGCUGACCUUGGGAGUGAUGAGCAUUUUGUGGCAAGUGAGCUGUUUGUGAAGAAAGAACAGAGGGAAAUGUUCAUGACUA